CCUGCAGAUAAAUCGACCCGACACCGGCACUCUGGCAGGUGCAUUUUGACAACUCACAUCACCUGCCGCAGAGGUGGAGGGACCGCCGACAACAUGGCCCGCCUCAACCCCGCCAGUCCCGUCAAGCCAGCCAAGCUACAGGAGCGCCGAACACCUCCCCAGAACCGACUCAAUCGAACUGCGACGAUCAAGCGCGAGGACAGAGACAGAUACCAGGCACCGUCUACUCAGAAGGACAAGGCAGAAAAGGAACAAUGGGCCGCCAUCGACAAGACAUGGUCAAAGAACAGGACCUCUACAACCGCAGCAAUUGAAAGACCUUUGCCGGCGAAGAAUAGAUCACAAAGGGCCGGCACGGUUUCCAGUGGAACAUUCGAUAUCUUUUCCGAAAGCGAUGGACUGAGUGAAACCGAAGACAGCAGCUUCUCGUCGUCUCGCUCUUUGUCGACCGAAGACCGAACAACGGACCCUUUGAAGCUCUCGCAGGUCAAUUCUUUGUUGCUUCCAUUGUCGCAGCAACCGCGCAACAGGCCACCGCGCAAGUCGGUGGGUUAUAAUUAUGACAAGGAAAAUGAUCCCAUCGAUGGGGAGGAGCAGGAAGAUGAGGGGUCGUCUCUCUCGAGGAAUUCGUCGAAUGCUUCGAAUCGAUCCCCUGCGCGGAGCAUAGCCCGACAAAUACCACCGAGAGGCAGGUCGAGGACCAGAUACUGGGGAUCUCUGCAACCGGAGUCGGAGUCCGAUGAUGACAACGAGAGUGAGAAUGGCUUUGACUCCAUGGACGAUUUCAUUGUCAGUGACAAUGAAGAUGUCAGCUACCAUGAGACAUCGGAUGGUGAAACAUUCGAAGAAGAAGAGAAACAACCAACGCCUUCUCCGCCCAGGACUAAAAGGAGACUGAUGAGAGGAAGACGCCCUAAUGCAGAAACAGAGCCUACGCAUCAGGAUCAUUCUGACAAGGAAAGUCUCCAUCUGGAACCGUCUCUACCGGCAACUAUGACACGGGAAGUCCCCAAAUUAGAUCCAAAGCCUAAGAAACUGUUUCAAAAUGAGCUGGAAGUAUUGGAGAAGCUGAAUGACCUGAGGCUGGACAAUGGAGAACUCGGUCAGCGGGAACAAUGCCCUGAUGGGGAUAUCGAGCCAACUGAUUCUCCGACGAAGAAGCCACAAACCAGCAAGGGUGAACCGUUGGAAACUCCCCCAUCUAGUCCUUCGAAACGCUCUCUCCGAUCCCCAACGAAGUUCAAGGUCCAUAUACCGCCGACACCACAUCGGGAAAGCGUUGACGCAUUCUGGAGCCAAGAGACGACAAACAAUUGGGUCGAUCAGUACUCUCCGCGCAAGAUAGAUCUGCUGCAGGAUUUCGACGAGUCGGAAGCUGAGCCCCUCGACACGGACAUCAUGCUCAAGGCCGUGAAGAAGAAAAGGUACACGGUCAAGAUAGAAGAGUUGGGUUCCGAGGCCACCGACACGGAGAUCGUGCCCAAAGCCACCAAGACGCCUACCAAGACACCUACUAAGACGGCUACCAAGACCCCCAGCAAGACGGCGCUGCGAAAAGCGGAGGCGGACAAGAGAAAAGCUGAAAAAGCGCGCAAGCAGGAAUUCCUCGAGAAGAGACACGCCAUGGCCGAAGAGUUUCUCAAGGUUCUUGACGACACCGUGACCGGAGGUCAGAUCCACCGGCUUACGGAGGCGACAGGUGGUGUGCCAAUUAUCUGGAAGACUUUCCGAACAACUGCCGGACGGGCAACUUGGCACUAUGGAAAAGUCGAGCCGGGGAAACAUUGUGCCAUGAUCGAGCUCUCGUCGCAGAUCAUCGACGCCGAAGACCGGGUUAUCAAAACCCUAGCCCACGAGUUCUGUCAUCUGGCCAACUACAUGAUAUCGGGGGUGACGAAUAACCCCCACGGAAAGAGCUUCUACAACUGGGCCCACAAGGUUGAGAAGGCACUGAAGGACCAUCCCAUUUACGGCCAACAUAUCGAAAUCACCAGCCGACAUACCUAUGAGAUCGACUACAAGUACGUAUGGCGCUGUGUCGAUUGCAGUUAUGACUAUGGGCGACACUCCAAAAGCCUCGACACGCAGAAGGCUCGCUGCGGAGCAUGCCGAGGUCGUUUACAGCAGAUCAAGCCCAAACCGAGGAACGUUUCACCGCUGAAGAAGGCGACGCCAUUCAAGCCCACGGCUGGGCUCGUGAACGAGGUGGCCCGAGUGAUGAAGGAGGCGGAACAGAAGACGAUUGAUCUGACUGGGUAUUGAUGGGAUGGCCUGUGGAUGGAUAAUUUAUGAUUGAUGUUGAAUUUAGCGACUGCUUAUUUCUGUUGAUUCUAUUUUGGCUGGUAUUGUACAGCUAGAUUGCUCAUUGGAUGUUGUAAAUAGGAUGACUGUAUAUUGAUGUUCAAUCGGGUCU